ACAAAACUCGACAAAAUUACGUUCUACAGGUACUGAAAUAACUAUUUUCUUACGGGCUAUACAUGUACUUCAAUUCACAGCAGUACUUGUAAAUAAAUCUAGAAGGAACAAUAAAAUAUUUUCCACAGUUAUGAGUAGUACUGUUACUAAUUGAAAACACAUUUCAUUUUUUUGUUAAAAGAGUCAAUCUAAUUUUUGUGUUUUAACUAGAUGAAGUGUGUGGUACAGAUACAAAAAUAAAAUCAAUGUCACUUUUCGUACAUCGACUUCAUUUACAGCUCUUAUUCCUUAUAAUUGUUCUUCGAUAAGUUUGUCUGAAUUAUCCAUAUUUUUCAAUGAAACACAAGCAGCUACUUGUUACAUAAAUGGGUACUAUUUAAGCGAUAGAACAGUAAGUGUAACAUGUUACAAUAUUCAAAAUAAUGCUGGUCGAGAUUGGACGUUCAGUUUGAUUCAAUCGUUUGUUUAUAAUCAAGUUAUUCUUAAUGCAACAUUCACUAUCACGUUAGAACCAUUAUCUCUUCAUAAUUCUACAUCUAUCCUAAUAAAUAUUAAUGAAGAUCAAAGAACAGCAUCAAUUUUAAUAUAUAAUUGUCGUGAUAUAUCUCAUAAAAAAUCUCUCGUGUUCCGUUGUAACGAAUAUGAUCUAUCAAAUAAUACUCUUUCAAACGAUUGUACUUAUACAUGUUAUAAUCUUGAACCAGGUUCAAUUUAUAAUGCAUUAUUAGUUCGAUUACCUAUUCGAAUAGUCGAUAAGACAGACGAUGAACAAGAUAACAUUUUUCAAGAAGAAACUCUCAAUCAAGUUUAUACAACAAAUCUUGAUAAAGUAAAAAAUUUAAUCUUUGUAGAAGAUCCAAUAGAUAAGAAUAAAACAUUUAUCUAUUUUAAUCGUCCAUAUGGAUCGUAUCAUCAAAUUUCUAUUAGUUGUUAUGAAUUAGAUCAAUAUUGUUUAAAUAAUAAUAUAUAUUUGAUGAAUACAACUGGAAAUUGUUCUCAUUGUACUUUCAUUUCAAUAUUUCCAAUGUUACGAGGAAUGAAAUACAAAUGUCAAGCAAAGACUAUCAAAGACAAUUUCGCUGAUAAAAUAUCUGAUGAAUAUAAUUUCAAUAGUAGUCUUGAACCAAUAUUAUAUAAUGGAUUGAAUGAUUUUAACACAAGUACUAUUUAUUUGAAUGUAAUUCCACAAAGUGAUUUUAGUUCUAUUGAGUUAAUAUGUAUUGUUGAUGAUGAUACAACAUAUUCAUGCUUAAAUUUAACAGUAGCAACGUACAGUUGUUCAACAUCUUUAUAUUUCGUUGGUAUUCGCGGAUGUAAUUAUAAAUGCCAUUUUGUAACAAAGAAAUAUAAUUAUAAUAAUGCAAUUUCAAAUGAAUACCGAUGGAUAUUUUUUCCUCCUAAAUCAAACUUAUUUGAGUAUGGAAAAGGAUCACGAUGGAUAUUGAUCAGAUGGACAAUAAAUGAAUUUGCAUAUAUUCAAUCAUUUGAUUUAUUUAUAAAUCAAAAUCGAAUUCUAAAUAUUGAUAAUUCAACAUUUUCGUAUAAUUGUACUGAUCUAUUGCCUAAUAGAAAUUAUGAAUUAUACAUUCGACUCAAUUCAAAUUAUCAAGUUUUAUCUGAUCAAAUUUCUGUCAAAACACUCGAAGAAGCACCACCGAAACCAACUGAUUACGAAAUUCAAACAAAAAUUGUUCCACAAGAUAAUGAUGAUGCAUCAACAACAGAACAACAUGUAAUUGAGAUUGAUCGAUCAUUAUUUUCUAAUGAUUAUGGUAUUGUUUUGCGUUAUCUGAUCUACGUACGUCAAGAUCAAAGCAACUUUGAAUCUAAUGCAUAUUUUGUUGGCACAUAUGAUGAUGCUUGGCAAAAUUCUUCAGUCGAUUAUUUAGCUCAAAUUAUUUAUCUCGAUUCAUCAAUAAACAGUAAUAAAUUUCGUAUGAUAAUUGGUAAUGAAACACGCUGUUGGCAGAGUAAUGAUUUUUCGAUUCCAUGUAAUGGCAAACUCAAACCAAAUAAAAUUUAUAAAAUAAUUGUUGGUGGUUGUGCAAGUGUUGAUUGUACUUAUGUACUUUCAAGAUCAUUUCAAACAAAAAUUGAAAAUAAACCUCGGCCAUCAUCAUCAUCAUCGAAAGCAUGGAUUUCUGUAUUUCCUAUUUUGGCUGUUUUGAUUCCUAGUAUUGGUUUAAUCAUAUGGAAACGAGAUGGAUUAAAAAGAUGUUGUAUUAAAAAACAAAAAAAAGAAAAUAAUAAUCUAAACAUUGCUGAUUUACGAACCGUCGUACCAGCAUCAUAUGUGUAUAAUUUUCAAGAAAUUAAAUCGAAACCUUUAAUUCAAUAUAUUAAUUUAACAGAUGAAGAUAAAACAAACAUAAAUAAUGAAUUUCAAGUAUUAAAAAAUUUAGCUCCACAAUCUGAUCAAUCGAUGAGUUCUUCACAUUUUGAUCGAUAUAAUGAUAUUUCAAGUCGAGGUCCAUGGGAAGAAACUGCCGUUCAUUUAACUGGUAAUCAUCGUAAACAUGAUUAUAUUAAUGCAAAUGAAAUUCGAGGUGUAAAUAGUCUCAAACAAUAUAUUGCUUGUCAAAGUCCAUUAAAAAAUACAUGUGAAGAUUUUUGGGAUAUGAUUAUUCAAUAUAAAAUAACAAAAAUUGUUAUGUUAAAUCAGUUUGAUCAAGAAAAUCUACAAGAUCCUUCUUCAUCAGCUCAGUGUUAUCCUUAUAUUCCAAUGAACAAGAAUGAAACAUUAGAUUUUAAUACAAUUAAAAUUACAGUUAAUAAUAUUGAAUAUUAUCUUGAUAAUCAACUUGAAAUUCGUCGUUUACAUGUUCAAAAAAGUAAAAAACAAUAUGAUGUUAUUCAUUUUCUUUUCACCAAUUGGUCAAAAUUUGGUACUAUCGAUUGUCGAACUCUAAUUGAUUUAACAGAAAUUGUUAAUCAAUAUGACCAAGUAUCAAUUAAUUUACUACCACCUAUUGUUGUUCAUUGCAGUUCGGGUACUGGUCGAACAGGAACUUACAUUGCCGUUGAUAUUAUAACUCAUUUACUUGAUUUACCUAAUGAACAAUUAAUAAGAAUGAAACUUGAUAUUAUGGGAAUUGUUAAUCAAUUAAAACAUGAUAGAGCAAAAAUGGUACAAACAGAACAACAAUAUUUAUUGAUUCAUCAUUGUAUAGAAGAAUAUUUAAAAAAAACAAAUCGAUUAAAUUUAAUAAUAAAUGCGCCCAAUACUUAUGAAACAAUUCCAGAUUCAUUGUCGAAAUUACGUGACCGUCGUUAUAUAAAUUUAUCUGAUUCAAAGCAUAAUUCAAAAGUCAAUUCAUCAUCAAUAAUUGAUCAUGUAGUCAAUGAAAUCAAUAAAAAUAUAUCAGAAAGAACUGAGAAUAAUGAACAAGAAUUAAUAGAUGAACAUGAAUAUGAUUAUGUUCAAUGA